AUGUCGUCUAAAACUAGGUCAAAGAAGAAGCAAUCUUCAGAACCGCGGUCCCUGAUCCGGUCACUUCCCGAAGACAUCAUCCUUGACAUCUUAGCACGUGUGCAGAGUUGCUACUAUCCAAUAAUCUCCCUUGUCUCCAAGCACUUCCGAUCACUUGUUACCUCUCAUGAGCUAUACGCAAGAAGAUCACUGUUAGGAUGCACGGAACACCGUCUCUACGUUGUCCUCUCUAACGGAGAAAACGAUGAUCGCCAGUUGUAUAGCCUCCGCCGGAAAGCCAACGGCAGUCACCGCUUGGUCCUUAUCCCUUCGCUUCCCAAUAUUCGUGCCGAUGGAAGCGCAAUUGUCGCGGCGGGCUCGAGGAUAUACGUGUUUGGUAGGUUGAACUCGGAGAAGAUAAGCAUUGACUUUAGAUCCCAAACGGUGCAUCCCUUGUCUUGUAUGAAUGUAAACAUGGAUGUUUCAGUUGGUGGCAUCAUUGACGGGAAAAUAUAUGUAACUGAAUAUUAUAAAACCCCAUGGAGUACAUUAGCAAAGAAGGCCAUUGUGGUGUUCAAUACAGAAACACAAAUGUGGGAGCCUAUGAAGGAGACACCGAUUGGUUACAUACGGCCUGAUGAUUGUGUGGUGAUGGGUGGUAAGAUGUACACUAGGGAUCAUAUUAACAGCUUUGUUUAUGAGCCAAAGGAAAGUAAAUGGGAAAGAGACGAGAUGCUGAAUAUGUUCAAUUGGGUGGGUGCGUGUGUCGUUGAUGACGUAUUGUAUUACUACGAUCGUCGUCGUGGUGAGAAGGUGCUGAGAGCUUAUGACCCAAAAGAGAGUAGCUGGGUAGUGGUUAAUGGUUUGAAAGAAUUGUUGGCUGAGGCGAGAGAUUCAAACUGGACUGACACUAGGAAUUACGGUGGGAAACUGGCUAUGCUUUUUUCGAAAACAAAAGUUAUUCGGUGUGCGGUGAUUUCACUAGAAAGACGUCAAGGUAAGGAGAUUUGGGGUAAAGUUGAGUGGUGUGAAGAUGUUUUGUCUGGUGGUGAUUUUUACGUUCUGAAAUCUUAUUGUUUGCUGAACUAA